UGCCCUGGUGACCCUGCCAGGAAGGAGUGAGGGUGGUUGAGGCACUACCAAAUAAAUUCAUAGGGAAAAAUAAAGAAGAUACUGAGUGGGUGGCGGGAUCCAGAAGAACCCAGACCUGUCCAUCAGAAUCGGUAAGCAUAUUGGCAUUAAAGAAGGUAACCGGGUGGAGAGGGGGCAUUACAUAUGUAAGGACUAUAAGGGAUGUACAAUUUCUUGAAAGACUGUAUUCAAAGAGAGGAUGUAUUUAGUGGGGUUCCAAAGGAGCCAGUCCUGUGUCUGGUACUAGCCAAUAUUUUCAUUCAUGACUUAGAUAAUGGAGUGGAGAGUAAGGUUAUUAAUUUAGAAGAUGACACCAAGCAGGGAGGAGUUGCAAGCACAUAGGAUAACAGAAUUAGAAUUCAGAUUGACCUUUAUAAAUUAGAGAAUUGAUCUGAAAGAACAAGAUGAAAUUCAAUAGAGACAAGUGCAAAGUACUACAGUUCAGGAAGGAAAAUCAAACGCACAACUACAACAUGGGGACUAAUGGGCUAGGGGGCAGCCCUACUCAAAAUGAUCUGGGGUUUAUAGUGGAUCACAAAUUAAAUCUGAGUCAGCCAUGUGACUUGGUUGUGAAAAAGGCUAGUUCAGUACAGGAAUAGGUUACUAAGAGAGGUUGUGGAAUUGCCAUCACUGGAGGUUUUAAGGGCAGGAUGGACAGACACCGCAGUAGUGGGGGCUGGAUUAGAUCAUCUCUCAAGGUUCAUUCCAGCCCUACAUUUCUAUGACUCUAUUCUGAGGAAAUGUUUGGUCACUUUAUUACAGCAUUGACCCAGCCCCUCCCACUAGCACUAAACCAGAGAGAUAUUUUAAAACCCUCCCAUUAACAAAGAAACCAAAUGCAAGAUAGGAGCAGAACAAAAGGAGUGACUUUGGGGGAUUCCCUCUGACAUUGUCCCCAGGGCAGAAUACUCCCACAGGAGGGGGUACAGGGAGAGUCAAAAAUUCGCUUUUCCUCUCCCUGCACCUCACUUCAUUCACAGGAAAGUGAAUCUGCCCAGGAAUGCCACGGAGCCCGAGCAGCCGGAGCCAGCGAGUCCUGUGGCCAAGCAAUGGCAGCCAUCAGAAAGAAGCUGGUGAUUGUGGGAGAUGGUGCCUGUGGCAAGACCUGCCUGCUGAUCGUGUUCAGCAAGGACCAGUACCCUGAGGUCUACGUGCCGACAGUCUUUGAGAACUACAUCGCUGAUAUUGAAGUAGAUGGAAAGCAGGUGGAACUGGCCCUUUGGGACACAAAAAAUAAUAAAGCAGCAAUAAGUGUGUGUGGGCAGGUUAGAGAUCUGUGAAUCUCUCCCCACAAUUAUUUCUCCCACUGCCUCUUUCAGUCUCUC